CAAUUCGCAUCGACGAAUACGGAUCUAUUACGUUUUGUUAAAGAUCGAUUGACACCAUCGUCAUCGUCAUCAAACAUCAUGUCGACCGAUAAAUUAUUGACCAUCAUACGAUCACAUUCAUUACAAGGUCAAUAUACACAGAUGGCCGAGUUUAUAUUUAGUGAUAUAUCAUUUAAAAAUUCAUUAAUUGUUGAUGAAUUGAUUCGAAAUCUUGAUAUCCAAGAGAAUACGGUCGCUAUUUUAUAUUUACUUUGUCGACAACAAACUAAUCAACAAAAAGAUAACCAAAAUGGCGGUGGUGUCACAAGUUCAUCAUCAUCCUUAUUGACAUCAACAACAAGCUCAUCCAACAAUAAUACGGCUAAUCCAACAAAAUCAUCAUCAUCAUCAUUAUUAUCAUCGUCGUCGUCAUCAUCAAGACAAUCAAUAUCACAAAUAAUUGAAUUUAUUAAUGAUUGUAAUGAACAUCAGAUUAAACAUGCACCGAAUGAUUUUGCAUCUUUAUGUCAUUCAUUAACUGAAUAUCUAAUGGAUAAUGAUCAACCAUUAAAAGGUUUAGAUCCAUUAUCAAAAGCUAUACAAAAAGUACAACAAUCAUCAACACAAUUAACAUCAAUACAUACGGAUCUAUUGAAAUUAGCAUUGAUUGGAAAAUGUUUAAAACCUGCAUUAACAUUUCUUGAUAUCGAUAUAACCGAUAUAAGCCGUGAAAAUGAUUGUUAUGAUGUUAAAUAUUUUCUUUCAUAUUAUUAUUAUGGUGGAAUUAUUUAUUCAAUUCUACAGAAUUAUGAACGUGCUUUUCUUUUCUUUCAAACGGUAUUAUCGGUAACAGGUGCGGCCAUUUCACAAAUUUCGAUUGAAGCAUAUAAGAAAUAUAUUCUUAUUUCAUUAUUACAAAAUGGUCGUGUUUUACCAUUGAUGGCAAAACAGGUGAAUACCUAUCUAAAUCGUUCAGUAAAACCAUUUUGUGGUCCAUAUAAUAUGUUAAUUACUGCAUAUACAAAUGGUUCGAUUGAAACAUUGAAUGAUAUUUUUGAUACUUAUCGUAAUGAUUAUCAAGAUGAUCAAAAUAUUGGCCUUGUCAAACAGGUGAUCGGUUCAUUGGUCAAAGUAAAGAUGCAAAAAUUGACCAAAACAUUUAUGACAUUAUCAUUGAAAGAUAUGGCACAACGUGUACAUUUACCUAAUGUUGAAGAAGCGGAAAAGAAAAUUCUUCAUAUGAUUGAAAAUGGUGAAAUAUUUGCACAGAUUAAUCAAAAAGAUGGAAUGGUUGAAUUUCAUGAUAAUCCGGAAAAAUAUGAUUCAUUACAAAUGUAUAAAAUGAUUGAAGAACAGAUUAACAAAUGUAUGUGUUUGAAUGAAAAAUUGAAACUAUUAGAUCAGGAUAUAGCUAUUAAUCCUAAAUAUAUACAAAAAAUGCGUAAUAAUGAUGGUGAUUUAGUUUGAUUUAUUGUAUUGAAGCUGAUUAAUUACAAAAAAAUCACUUGAUGA